UGCAGGUCCUCAUAAUUUGAAUACUUUUGCCAUGUGUGUCUCAUUUGCCGCUGGAUUAUUUGCAGUAGUUUAUCUAUUGAUAUUUACAAAAGGAAAUGUAGAACUUGAUCCUGGCAUCACAAUUCAUCCAGCACCAUCAGUUGUUCUUGCUAAAAAGAAUAGUCCACUACUGCUGAACUGUUCUGCCUCAUCGUCACCAGACGCAGGUCGGGUCAGCUUCACAUGGUAUAAGGAUGGCGAGCCUGUCCUAUUUGACAGACGGGUACAGGUCAAAGACAAUGGUUCAUUAUAUUUCAAACAAGUGAAAAACAAUCGUCAUUCUAGGAACCAAAACAGAAACCAGAAUGGAUUCUACGAAUGUUUUAUGAAAAACAAGUAUGGUACGGUUAUUGCAAGACAGGUCCAACUCCUAGUUGAAAGCAUUUCAAAGUCGUUCACUAUUGAGCCAGGUUAUCAGAAAGUAGAAUUAGGGGGCGUGGCACGUUUUAAAUGUCAAAUUGAUGGAAUACCUCUUCCAAUUUAUGUCUGGAAUAAAAACAGUUCAUCUCUACCUCAGAAUAGCAGGUAUAUAACCAUAUCCUCAGGAAUAUUACAGAUACACAAUUUAUCAGAGUCUGAUUCGGGUUCCUUCCACUGCUCAGUAUACCAAAGUUUCAACCAAGUGAACAAUGGUCCUAAAUUAAUUGGUAUGACAUUGCAGCACAGUCGUUCCCAUGCAAGACUCAUAGUUAUAACAGAUACGAAAAGACGACCACCUAAGAUUGUGGCUAUUUCCAGAGAAAUAAAUGCCACAAUUAAACACUCAGUUACAUUAGAAUGCCUGGCUGAUGGAAAUCCAUCACCUGUGGUAACUUGGAUGAAAGAUGGGAAUCAAACAUCAGAUGAUAACUUUAACAAAAAUUAUGAUGGGAGUAAUUUAAAAUUUAUAGAAGUCAACAUGACUGACGCUGGGACGUACCAAUGUGUGGCGUCGUCACCGGGAUUUCCUGAUGCAGUGGCUGAGACCCAACUAAACGUCAAAGGUAAGCAUUUCACCGUGCCUCCAUUCAUAAUUGAAGCUCCACUAAGCAAAGGGUACCCUGUAGCCAGAUGGUUUCGAUUGAAGUGUAUCGUUGGCGGAAUUCCUUCACCAAAAGUUACCUGGUACAAAAAUGGUCAAAAGAUUGAAUCUCUGGAAAAUAUGAAGAUAUACCCAGACAAUAUGCUGAUGAUAGAUAGCAGUAUAGGUGAUUCUGGAUACUACCAGUGUAUUGCCAAAAAUGAUGUUGGUGUAGAUAUGGCAAUUGCCAGACUACAAUUUUUUCUGAAAGAUAAUGUACCUAAACCUCCAAGUCAUGUGACUGUAACCAGUGUCACCAGUACAGAAGUAUGUAUUCGGUGGUUUCCAUCAGAGUAUCCAAAAUGCUGUCGUGUUCUCGCUUACACUGUUGUCUAUGGGGAACCUAAUGAUGUAACACAGAAGAAAGUUACGCCGUGGAAAGAUAAAUGCAUACAAAAUCUUAAGCCACAAACAUAUUACAAAUUUUAUAUACGUGCAUUCAAUAGCAAAGGUGCUGGAGCCAAGUCAGAUACAGUGACUGUUAAAACACUAGAAUCAGUUCUAGUAGCAGUCUCAAAUCUUAGACUUUCUAGUUCAUCACCAUGCAGUAUGGACUUAAAAUGGGAUCCACUUCCUCCUGAGAUAUGUGAUGGUGUUGUAACAAGGUACCAGAUUUAUGUGUCGAAUGGUGGACAUGAUAUCAUGAAAAAUGUGUCUACUGCUGACCAUAAAUAUACUAUCAGAGACCUCCAUCCAGACACCGAGUAUAAAGUAGGAGUAUUAGCAGGUAAAAAAUGGGGAUAUCCAAAGCGGCUUGAUGUUCAGUUGCCCUGGCUGGUACAUAGAACACCAGAACAAAAUGACAAGUCAAAAGUUGAUGAAGCAGCGCCGAAUGUGAGACUUUCUAGUUCAUCACCAUUCAGUAUAGAUAUAGAAUGGGAUCCAGUCCUUCCUGAUAAAUGUAACGGUGUUAAUAUAGGGUACCAGGUUUAUGUGUCAAAUGAAGGACAUGAAAUAAUGGAAAAUGUGUCUGCUACUAACCAAAGCUACACUAUCAGAGAUCUCCUUCCGGAAACUACGUACAAAAUAAGAGUAUUAUCAGGUACAACAGAUGGAUAUCCCAAGUUGUUAGAUGAGCAAUGGCCUUGGCUGAUACAUAGGACACCGAAAGAUAAUAAAAUACCACAAGUGAAUGUUCAUAUUCAGGUUUCUCAGCUGAAUCUGACUUGUGUUGAUGUUAAAUGGAACAUUACAGAUAAUCAACCUGCUAUUAGUUAUAAGAUCGACAUCAGCAACUCAAGUGCAAGAACUGUUGAAAUUCAAAACAUUAAAAUGACAAAUUAUAUCAUAUGUGGUCUUGACAUGCUUGAUAAGAAUUUGCUCUUACCAUUUAUGCUAGGAACAAAAUUGGAACCGUAAUAUUUUAUGUUUAUAGCCAGGAUAUUAUUGAUUAAGAAAUGAUGUAUAACUCAAAUAACUGG